AUGUCGAAUACUACAACAGUCACCGUCCAUGCUCUGGACGCAGGCUCACUAACCCUCCCCGAGCGACUCUUCGUCACUCCAGUCGACGACGCGGGCGCUAGAAAGGCCGUUCCGUCACUUUCCUUCCUUAUCCAACAUACCUCACCGAUCGACGGAACAACGACUUGCCUGGUCUUUGACCUAGGCAUACGACGGGACCCCUCUCUGUACAGCGAACCUAUCCGCAAGCAUGCGCUCACAAGACAGCCUCUCUAUGGCCAUCCAGACGUUGUCACGUCGCUAGCACGGGGUGGACUGCACCCAUCGGACGUUGACCUGGUGAUACUAUCCCACGUCCACUGGGACCACGUUGGGAUGCCGAGUGAUUUUGCCGACUCCCAUUUUGUCGUCGGAAACGGGGCACUCGAUUUACUGAGUGGGAAGGUCAAGAUUGGCAACGGCAGUCACAGCCACUUCGAAGCCGAUCUUCUCCCGUCAAACCGGACAAUCGAGCUACCUGCCCCUGUUCGUGGAGUGGCAUGUCACGGGAAUGGUGACCAGAGCGCACAGCUUUCAUGUAGAUUCCCUCAUCUAAACUUCAACACCUGGGUCCCGCUACUGCACUUCUCUCACGCUAUUGACCUAUUUGCCGAUCAAAGCGUCUACAUAGUCAACGCACCUGGCCACCUCCCGGGCCACAUCAACCUCCUGUGUCGUGUCGGCGGUGAUCGCUACGUAUAUCUGGCCGGUGAUGCUUGUCACGACCGGCGGCUGUUGACCGGAGAGAAGGCGAUUGCGGAAUGGGACGACCCAACUGUUGCAGGUCGCACAUGCUGUAUACAUGCGGACCGCGGCAUGGCGAUGGACACCAUUCGUGACAUCCGCAGGUUAGAGAAGGGAGAGACAGAGCUCGGGCCGGUAGAGACGGUGUUCGCACAUGACGACCAGUGGGCGCUGAAGGCCAGGGAGAAGGGGCGUUACUUUCCGGGGAGUCUUUAG